AUGAUUAUGUGGAAACGAUUUUUUGUUUUGAUACUACCAAUUCUUGUUUAUUCAAAUGAAAUUCACUAUAAACAAUACCAUCAACAAUCAAAUAAUGGUUCUCGACAGCAUCCACCAUCACCAUUUGAUAAAUCUUAUCAGAUGAUUGUUCUUACUGGUGGAAAAGUCUAUGGUAUUUCGGAUUCAACUCGAGAACAUGUUAACAAACCACAAAACAUGGAUAUCGUUAUUGCAGCAGAAAAAAUAUUCGCUUUGAUAAAUCCAUCGAAAACAGCUUCGUUUGUUAACUCUAUGAAAGAUCAAGGCUUAACAGUUUUAUCAAUCUCUGUUGAAAAUCAGGUGGUUAUGCCCGGGUUGAUUGAUACUCAUGUUCAUGCUAUUGGAGGUGGAGGUGAACAAGGUCCUUAUUCACGAACGGCUGAAAGUCGUUUAUCUCGAUUAAUUGAUGGCGGACUUACAUCGGUAGUUGGUUUACUUGGAACUGAUGGAUUAACUAGAAGUCUUUCAGCUUUGUUACAAAAAAUGAAAGGUUUAGAGCAUGAUGGUUUGUCCACUUGGAUGUGGGUGGGUAGUUAUCGAAUUCCAAUUGUUACUUUAACUAGCUCAUUACAACAAGAUCUAGUCUUUAUUGAUAAAGUUUUGGGUGCAGGUGAACUUGCAUUGAGUGAUCAUCGUUCGAGUUGGCCAUCGAAAUCUGAACUCAUUCAACUAAUUAGUGAUGUACGAGUUGGUGGAAUGCUCAGUGGAAAACCAGGUAUUAUUCAUUUUCAUAUGGGUUCAAGUCCAGAAAAACUUGAUUUACUUUGGCAAAUUUUGAACGAAACAACAAUUCCUAUUCGUCACAUAUAUCCAACUCAUAUUUCAUCGAGAGGAGAUGCAUUACUUGAUGAAGCUGAAAAAUGGAUCAAAGCUGGUGGUGUAUGUGAUUUUACAGCUGAUAUUCCAGAUUUGAAUGAAACAGAUACGAUGAAUGCAUUAAAUAAAUUCAGAAACAAAAAUCUACCAUUGAAACAAAUUACUGUAUCAAGUGAUGCUUACGGAUCCAUUCCUGAAUAUGAUGCAUCUGGUCAAUUGAUUUCGUAUGAUAUGGCACCACCUGAUUUAGCAUUGAAAACAAUUCAAGCGCUAGUUUUGAAAUAUGCCUGGCCUUUGGAAGAAGCUAUACAAUUUUCGACAGUGAAUCCAGCCGUAUAUCUUAAUUUGGAUCGAAAAGGUUUUCUGAUUGAAAACUACGAUGCUGAUAUUCUUGUUCUCAAUCAAACCGAUUUAAAACCAUUGUAUGUCUUCGGUAAAGGACAAAUCUUAAAAACACCUACAUGGACUAAACAUGAUAUGUUUGAACCCAUGGAUUAA